GAGUGCGUUUUGAGGCGAUUGGCUGUUGGUUUAGAUAGCAGGGUGGGGGGAGGGGGGUACAAGUGAUAGGGAGCGGUAGACCAUGAUUGCAAUGUGAGCGACCUUCCGAGUUCAGCUAUUCCAUCACCAGCACCAAGCUACACUGUUUUGCUGCCUCGCCAUGUUUUUGGCGCGUCCUACCUCCCUCCCUUGACCUAUUCCGGUGCAGUAGAACAUUGUGGGGUUCUGGGCCGAGGUAUGAUACGGAGCUGUGCUUGAAGGUUGCAGCGUGCGCAUUUUGCAGCAGCCCGGCGAAGGUAGAGCGCGUCUCGGCGCUUGGCGCACGGUGCAAUGCCAUUUAGAGUGUCUGGUUGAAGUUGCGUUUUUUGCGCCGGUGGCAGAGCUUUUGUUGGUGUUUUGCCGUCGGUUCCUGUCAAUCUUUAGUUUGCAGAUCUGUGAAGUAAUUCGUCAUAAAUCUCAACUCGGUUUUUGGCGGCCUUGAGAAAUAUGGAUGCUUCCGAGCGUAUUCCCGUGGAGGGUGUCCAUGCUGAAUCCAUUUCAGCCAGUCAGGUGGCAUUCUUUCUCGGUCUAAUGCCCUUGAUAAUUGCAUGGAUCUACGCCGAGAUACUGGAUUUCAAGAAAUUUCCAACCUCGACAAAAGGACAUGAUGAUGUGGAUCUCGAAGAGUUGAAAGAUGGAUCUAUCAAGGAUGAGGAGAAAGCUACCUUGCUUGAGAGUAGCCUUUCCGUGAGUGGAAGUUUUAGGUCUGGACCUGCUCCAGUGCGAACGUCUCUAAUCAAAUUUUUAACGUUGAAUGAGACCUUUUUGGUGGAGAAUCGUCUCACAUUGAGGGCUAUCGCCGAAUUCCUUGGCCUCCUCUGCUUCCUAUACCUGUGUGAUCGAACAAAUAUCUUUUCUGCAUCUAGAAAGCAUUAUAGUAGGGACCUGUUUCUCUUCUUGUAUCUCUUGUUGGUUCUGGCGUCUGCCUUAACCUCUUUGAAGAAACACGUCGAUAAAUCGAUUGCAACUGGAAAAUCUAUUCUGUACUUGAAUCGACAUCAAACGGAAGAAUGGAAGGGCUGGAUGCAGGUCCUUUUCCUCAUGUAUCACUAUUUCGAAGCUAAAGAGUUUUAUAAUGCCAUUCGAGUUUUUAUUGCUGCCUACGUUUGGAUGACGGGGUUUGGCAACUUUUCUUACUAUUACAUUCGCAAAGACUUUAGCUUGGGCCGUUUUGCACAGAUGAUGUGGCGGCUCAAUUUUCUGGUCUUCUUUGCCUGUAUAGUGCUGAACAAUGACUACAUGCUUUACUACAUUUGUCCAAUGCACACACUUUUCACUCUCUUGGUGUACGGGUGUCUUGGGAUAUAUUCCAAGUACAAUGAGGUGCCUUCUGUGAUGUUUACAAAAAUAGUUGUUUCAUUUCUGGUGGUGGUUAUCGUGUGGGAGAUCCCUGGCGUUUUUGAACUUCUCUGGAGCCCUCUCACUUUUCUUCUCGCGUAUCAAGAUCCUUUAUCAAAGCACCCCACUCCCUUGCUGCAUGAAUGGCACUUCAGAUCAGGACUGGAUCGAUACAUCUGGAUUGUGGGCAUGCUCUAUGCGUAUUUUCAUCCUACGGUAGAAAGGUGGCUUGAAAAGGUAGAGGAGAUGGAGUACAAAAGAAGGACCUUUAUCAAGUCUGCCGUUAUAUCUGCUACGAUGCUGAUGGGUUAUAUGUGGUAUGUUCACAUUUACACUCUUGAUAAGACUUCCUAUAACAAGCUGCACCCUUACACGUCAUGGAUCCCUAUCACGGUGUACAUUGUUCUACGAAAUUUAUCGCAGUCACUUCGCAACUAUUCCCUCACCCUCUUUGCAUGGCUUGGGAAAAUCACUUUGGAGACAUAUAUCUCGCAAUUUCACAUAUGGCUGAGGACUGGUAUCUCAAAUGGACAACCAAAGCUGUUACUGUCCAUUAUUCAGGACUAUCCAUUGCUCAACUUCAUGUUGACAUCUGCCAUCUAUAUCUUGGUAUCUUACCGGUUUUUUGAGUUGACGAAUCGCUUGAAAAAUGCUUUUGUCCCUCACAAAGACAAUUCGCGAUUGUAUCAAAUGGCUACUGCUGGGGCUGUGUUAUGUGUCAGCUUCUAUCUUGUGGCUCAAACCACCAUGAAUCUCCCCUUUCCAGCAUGUUCCUUCUGGUUUGUAGGUGGAGGAAAUCUGUAG